AGAUAGAUCCCUUUCAUCACACCCUCAGUCCCCACUUUCACAGCUGGCCGUCGCUUCCAGGUCAACGUCAACAUGAGCAGCAGAACCAAGCGCGCCAAGUCCCCGGACGUUGACGCGAUAGAAGAAGAUGAGAAGCAAUAUGGCAGCGGCCCGCUCACGCUGGAAGAGCUCGAUGAACAGUUCCCCAACCGCCCACGCAACCACUCCAAAACACCGCCCUUCUCCGACCUCUUCCAGUCCCUCUUCAACCCCCUGAUAGACUGCAAGCCGAGCACGGCGGGCGCGGCCUCGGCGCCCGCCCGCGCCCGCGCCCGCGCCCGCGCCGGGCCCUCCUUUUCCUCCUCCUCGUCCUCCACCAAGCUAUCCUACCACGAGCAGCGCCGGCACAUCAUCGAGCGCUUCAUGGCGCGCUGGCGCGCCGACGUCGGCCCGGACUUCUACCCGGCCAUGCGCCUCAUCCUGCCGGACAAGGACCGCGACCGCGGCGUCUACGGCCUCAAGGAGAACACCAUCGGCAAGCUGCUCGUCAAGGUCAUGAAGAUUGACCGCAACUCGGAGGACGGCUACGCGCUGAUGCACUGGAAGCUGCCCGGCCAUGCCGGGGGUGGUGGCGGCAGGUUUGGCGGUGGUGCUGGGGGUGGUGGGGGUGGCGGGAGUAGGGGGAGUGCGGGCGACUUUGCGGGGCGGUGUUUUGAGAUCGUGAGCAAGCGGCAGAUGAGGACCGAGCCGGGGAAUUUUACGAUUGGGGAGGUGAAUGUGAUGCUGGAUCGGCUGGCUGGGGCCAGUGGCGAAGCCGAGCAGCUGCCGAUAUUCGAGGAGUUCUAUCAGGGGAUGAAUGCGGAGGAGCUGAUGUGGCUGGUGAGGAUUAUCCUGAAGGAUAUGAAAGUCGGCGCGACCGAGCGGACGUUCCUUGGGCUGUGGCAUCCCGACGCCGAGGCGCUGUUUAGUGUCUCGUCGAGCUUGAGGCGGGUGUGCUGGGAGCUUUAUGACCCCGAGUUCCGGCUGGAGCAGCAGGAGACGGGCGUCACGCUCAUGUCGUGCUUCCAGCCGCAGCUGGCGCAGUUCCAGAUGACGACCACAUUCGCGAAGCUGGUCGCGAACUUGGGCGUCACGGAGGAGAAUCCCGAGUUCUGGAUCGAGGAGAAGCUGGACGGGGAGAGGAUGCAGAUGCACAUGCAGGAGGACGACAGCGUCCCGGGCGGCUAUAGGUUUGCCUUCUGGUCGCGCAAGGCCAAGGACUACACGUACCUGUACGGCAGCGGGCUAGAAGACGACAACUCGGCGCUCACGAGGCAUCUCAAGAACGCCUUCCAUAGCGGGGUUCGCAACCUGAUCCUCGACGGCGAGAUGAUCACUUGGGACCCCGAGGUCGACAAGAUCGUGCCCUUCGGCACCCUCAAGACGGCUGCGCUCGAGCAGCAGAAGAACCCUUUUCAAAACGGCCCGCGGCCGCUGUACCGCGUCUUCGACAUCCUCCUGCUCAACGACAAGUCCCUCACAGAAUACACCCUCGCCGAUCGGCACCGCGCCCUCGAGCGCGCCGUCAAAGGCGAGCCCCGCCGGCUGGAAAUCCACCCCUACGAGACCGCCACCUCGGCCGACGCGAUCGAGCCGCUCCUCCGCAAAGUGGUCGCCGAGGCCUCCGAGGGCCUGGUCCUCAAGAACCCGCGGUCCCGGUACCAGCUCAACAGCCGCAACAACGACUGGAUCAAGGUCAAGCCCGAGUACAUGUCCGAGUUCGGCGAGUCGCUUGACUGCGUCGUCAUCGGCGGCUACUACGGCUCGGGCCGGCGCGGCGGCACGCUGUCGUCCUUCCUGUGCGGCGUGCGCGUCAGCGAGAACUUCGUCAAGUCCGGCGCGGCGGCCAGCCGCGAGAAGUGCCUCAGCUUCUGCAAGGUCGGCGGCGGCUUCAAGGCGGAGGACUACGGCGAGAUCCGGCACCACACGGAGGGCAAGUGGCGCGACUGGGAUGCGGCGAACCCGCCGUCCGAGUUCAUCGAGCUCGGCGGCGGCGAGCGGCUGCAGUACGAGCGGCCGGACGUGUGGAUCCGCCCCAGCGAGUCGGUCGUGCUCUCGGUCAAGGCCGCCUCGUUCGCGCCGUCGGACCAGUUCGCCACCGGCUGGACCCUGCGCUUCCCGCGCUUCCGCAAGCUGCGCCUCGACAAGGCCUGGGACGCCGCCAUGGACGUCGACGAGUGCGAGGCCCUGCGCACCAAGGUCAAGCAGGAGGAGAAGGAGCGCAAGGCGAUGGAGAUGGAGAGCCGCAAGCGCCGGCCGACCAAGAGGCAGAAGCGGGAGCUGGUCAUCGCGGGCGCGGCGGACCCGGCGGCGACGGCGGCGACGGCGACGGCGACGGCCGAGUUCCUGGACGUCAAGACACCGCGCAGCGAGCUGUUCCGCGGGCUGGACUUCUGCGUGCUGUCCGAGAUGCUCAGGCCGAGGAAGAUGACCAAGCCGGAGCUGGAGAAGCUGCUCAAGGAGAACGGCGGCAGGAUCCACCAGACGGUGGACAAGGGGUCCGGCAUGAUCCUCCUGGCGGACAAGAACGUCGUCAAGGUGGCCAGCCUCAAGAAGGCCGGCGACGCCGACAUUGUGCGCCCCAAGUGGGUGCUCGACUGUCUGGAGCAGGGCGGCGGCGAGGGCUAUCUGCUUCCGUUCGAGGAGGGCCACCUGCUCUUCGCCACCGAGGAGAUGAGGCGGGUCGCCGAGGAGAACACGGAUCAGUACGGGGACAGCUACGCGCGAGACGUCGGGAUCGACGAGCUGAGGGCGAUCCUGGACGCGAUGGACAUGCCCGACGGCGGCGGAGCCGAGUUUGACGUCAGCCAGUUCUUGGACCAGCUGGAGGAGCACGGCAACGGCUUGGAGGACCUCAAGAGCUUCAUGUUUAGGAGGUGCCGCAUGUACUUUGCGCUUGGGGAUGGCGUGCCCGAGACGACAGCGCUCAGGCUGGGCAAUUACGUGAAGUUUGGGAGCGGCGAGGUGGCGGACGGUGUGGAGGACGAGAAGAUCACUCACGUGGUCGUCGUCGGCGGGGAGCAGGACACGGCGGCUUCGGAAAAGGUGCUGGCGGCGGAUGUGAGGUACAGGGUCAGCUCGAGGAGAGCGGUGCCGCGCAUUGUCUCGUCGAGGUGGGUCGAGGACUGCUGGAAGGAGGGUACGCUUGUGGACGAGGAGGCGUAUGCGCCUAACUAG